ACGGCGAGGGAGACACAAGGCGAGUGUCCCUACUCCGAGGGCAGUCUCGGUGUGCAAGCGCAUAGCAUAGCAGGAGCCACAAGAAAAAAGGCCCAUGGCUUCCUUCUCACCGAGUGGCCGGAUGACACGGACGGCGGCAUCUUCUCUGGCAGCGCGCGUGGUCCUCGCGCUCCUCCUCCUCAUCGGGGUAUCCGGUUCCGGAGCCACCCAGGCAGCGUCUCCCCACACCCACCACAGUCGGCAGCUGGAUGUGAACCACAAGAAGCCAGUGCAGACGUUUCGGCCCAUCAACAUUGCCCACCGAGGGUCAAAUGGCGAACUGCCCGAAGAGACAGCGGCCGCCUACCUGAGGGCGAUCGAAGAAGGCGCGGACUUCAUCGAGACGGACGUACUCGCGUCCAAGGACGGGCAUCUCGUCUGCUUCCACGAUGUGACGCUGGACGCGACCACCGACGUCGCGGACCACGCGGAGUUCGCUGGCAGGAAGAGGACCUACGAGGUCCAAGGAGAAGAUGUCACCGGAUGGUUCAUCGUGGACUUCACUCUUGAAGAGCUCAGAUCACUGAGGGUGAAGCAGCGGUUCAGUUUCAGGGACCAGCGGUACAACGGCAAGUACCAGAUCAUUACGUUCGAAGAGUACAUCCUGAUCGCGCUCUACGCUGACAGGACCGUCGGGAUCUACCCGGAGAUCAAGAACCCCGUGUUCAUCAACCAGCACGUGAAGUGGUCGGACGGAAAGCGAUUCGAGGACAAGUUCGUGGAGACGCUGCUCAGGUACGGCUACGGAGGCGAGUACAUGUCCGAUGGCUGGCUCCGGCAGCCGCUGUUCAUCCAGUCCUUCGCGCCGACCUCGCUCAUCUACGUCUCCAACAUGACGGACUCCCCCAAGCUGCUCCUGAUCGACGACACGACGGUCCCGACGCAGGACACCAACCAGUCGUACCACGAGAUAACCUCGGACGCCUACCUCGCGUUCAUCGGGAGCUACGUGGUGGGGAUCGGGCCGUGGAAGGACACGCUGGUGCCUCCGGACCCGACAGACAACCGCCUGGGACGCCCCGCCGACCUCGUCGCGCGAGCGCACGCUCUGCGUCUCCAGGUGCACCCGUACACCUUCAGGAACGAGAACCAGUACCUGCACUUCGACUUCCGGCAGGACCCCUACGCCGAGUACGCGUACUGGCUCGACGAGGUCGCCGUCGACGGGCUGUUCACCGAUUUCACUGGUAGUCUGCACAAGUACCAGGAGUGGACUAGGCCGUACCGGAAGGAGCAGGAGAAGACGAGCCCGGAGGCACUCUUGCGCGAGAUCGCGGGCAUGCUCAAGAACGACGGCUAUGACUGAUGACUUAGGUUGCCUUCAGUUUUCCCCGUCUGUCACUCUCUCUGUAAUGGUUAACUAAAUAAUAAAGCGACGGUUUCAUGGAUGCAUCAUCUGGACGUG